UUUCCGCGCUCCUCUCUCUCUCUCUCUCUCUCUCUCCUUCGCUGCGCACCAGUCUCGCUCCACUGGCACUUGAAAGAAAAGCUUCUCUCUCUCUCUCUAUCUCGCCCUUUCUCUUUCUAGAAGAUACAGUCCAUCAAUGCACUCCUUCUCUCUCUCUUUCUCUCUAUCUCUGUCCCGAAGUUAGCUGGGAACAUCCGGUUGUCUCGUAGCUCUGAACUACGUGGAGAUCAGAAGCUCUUCAUUGCCUGCUGCCAGCGGCGUUAAAUGCGUCGAACCGCCCAUCCGUCGCGAGUACGGCCCUACCUCCUCCCUCCGGCUGUCCCCUCCCCAGAGUCCGUCGCAAUGCGGUCGCUCCGGACCACCUCCUCGGCCUCGCCUGCUUGAGAGCCCUCCCUCCCGCCGAUCUCCGCCUCCGGCCGAGCGUUGAUGAUUUACCUCAAGAUUCUCCGGUCCUUUGCGGCUUCUGGGGCUUCAGGGGAUCCGCAUUUCGGCUCUUUCGCGAUGGUUUGGUCGUCCCCGAGUGGCCGGCGUUGAAGCGUGCCCCUCGGCCGGAGAUUUAGGGUUUGGAGCGGGGGGUUUAUAAUCAGCGACUUCGGGUUGACCAUUCAAGGACGGGAGGUGAUUAGACGGCAGUUUCUUUUUCUCGUCGCUCUCGCUUUGAUCCAUUUGGAUGCUGGAAUCUCUGAUUAGGAGGAAAUGCUGGGGAAGUGAUGGACUUGUUUUCUCGAGAAAAAGGCGAAGCUUUUGAGAUUCUCCAGCAGCUGUUGCUGGUCCAUGAGGCCGGGUGUAGCUUCUUUCACAAGGAUCGGAAAAAGGGAAAAGUAAAUCUGGGCAUUGCCAUCAGAAGUUGCAACGGCUGAAUAAGCUUUUGCUCUCCCCUCCUCUCUGAAAUACACGUCCCUUUUUUUCUCUCCAGUGCCCGUUGGUGCUGUUUGUCAUUUGGUUGAAGUCCUUUUGGAAUCUGGAAUUGCAGAAACCAAGCAAUGCUGGUGAAGUUGCUGUAAGACAGCUUACUGCACUGCUCUUGGAGUGCCCGUUUGUGGCUGUUGAACUGUGAUAUUGAUUCGAACAGAGCGGCAUUCUGCCGAUUUCCGCUACAACGGAGCAUCGAUGGGGCGUCUCUGGGGUCUCAUGAUGCAUGUCCUUCUGUUAUGUUUAUUCGAGGUUGAGAGUUCGAAUGCCCAGUCUACUGUUGGGUCUGCACGAGCUUUAGAUGGGCUUCUCCAGGAUUAUGCCUAUAGGGCAUUUGACGACCGCCCUAGGACGGGCAUUUCUUUUGACGGAGUUGUUCCGUCAAACUUGACGGGGAUUAAGGUGUCUGCAAUGAGGCUUCGGAGUGGCAGCUUGCGAAACAGAGGUGUUGAGUCAUACAAGGAGUUUGAAAUUCCAACUGGAGUUACUGAGACUCCAUAUGUCGAGAGGCUGGUUCUUGUGUAUCAAAACCUGGGAAAUUGGUCUGUGGUGUAUUAUCCAUUACCUGGUUACACAUAUUUAUCGCCCGUUCUGGGUCUUCUUGCUUAUGACGCAUUUAACUUGUCGGCUACAAAUUUGCCAGAGUUGGAUAUCAGGACAUCUGCCAACCCCAUCUUGAUUCAUUUCACAGAUGUGAAGUCUCUUCCAUUGGGGUCUAUUGCCAAGUGUGUUUCAAUUGAUUUAAAUGGUUCGAUCAAUUUCAGCAAUCUGAUAUCGAGCAAUGUAUGCUCUACAAUGGAACAGGGACAUUUUUCCAUAGUGGUUGAAUCUAUUGCUCCUUCCCCUGCUCCAAUCUCUCUGCCUCCCACAUCCGGUGGUGGAGGACCAAGUCCAGGAAAGGCAAGUCAUGGAAAGUCCAACACCAAAGUCUGGAUAAUUGUUGGAUCUGUUCUGGGGGGAUUAGCAUUGAUUGUGCUGCUGGGUUUGUUAGUGUUAUGGGCACAAAAGUUCAAGCAAAGAAAUACUAUGCAACAGAUGGAGAAGGCUGCGGAAGCUGGGGAAACACUGCAUAUGACUUCGGUUGGUGAUACGAAAGCACCAGCAGCUAUGGUCACCAGAACACAGCCCAUUCUUGAGAGUGAAUAUGUGCCCUAACUUCAAAUAUUCUCACGAGCUUCCACAUUCACAGAGCUGCCGCUUUUAUUCGAGUUCACUUCCUCCGCCCAGAAAAAGCUUUUUUCCCCCGACUGCACCUUCUUUUUGGUGGUGUCUCCCAUCUGAUCUCUUCAUUCAUGGUGGUAAGUCCCUUGCUGCUAGUGUGGGCCAACUAGGAUUUUUGUGUAAAUCUGCCUUUUUUUCACUUGUGAGCGUCCAUAAUUUCGUGAUUCGUUGUCGUGUGCAUUUAGUGAAAACGGUUAAAUUCUAAUUGUGUUGAAUUUCUUGCCCAUUGAGAAGGAAUAAAAGAAAAUUUUCAUGUC